AUGGCGCCCAACGUUGCAAUCAUCCAGGGGACCAGCAGUGGCAUCGGAGCCCAGGUAGCCCGUCAGUACCUGGCGCGGACCAAUCUGCAGAUUGUCGCCCUCUCGCGCGACGCCACGCGCGCAAAACAGGCCAUCCUCUCCUCGUCCUACCGCGGCGGACCCGACUCGUCCUCGCUCGACCAGUCGCGCCUGCACACCCUCAGCGUAGACGCCCUCGACGAGUCCACCCUGCAAAAGGCCGCAGACGACAUCAAGUCCCGCUUCGGCCCGCACUGCCUAAAGACGCUCUGGAACGUCGGCGGCAUCCUCCGCCCCGAGAAGAACCUCCAGCAGGUCUCGCUCCAGUCCCUAAACGAGAGUUUCGCCGUCAACGCCUUCGCCCACCUCCUCUCGGCAAAGCACUUUGUUCCCCUCAUCCCGCGCGGCGCGGAAAAGAAAAAGGUGCAGGAGCAACACAACGGCGACGAUGCCGCAAACGGCCUCAUCCACCGCGACCUCAGCGUCGUCGCACACCUCUCGGCCCGCGUCGGCAGCAUCGGCGACAAUGGAAAGGGAGGCUGGUACUCGUACCGCUCCUCCAAGGCCGCCCUCAACCAGAUGGUAAAGACGCUCUCGCACGAGCUCUCGCUCCGCAGCGUACCCGCCAUCUCGGUCGCACUCCACCCGGGCACCGUCCGCUCCCACCUCUCAAAGGACUUUACCGGCGGACCCGACAGCGACAAGCCCCUCGACAAGGCAAAGGGCCAGUUUGAGCCCUGGGAGGCCGCAGAGAACCUCGUCAACGUCGUCGCAAGCCUCGGCAAGGACGACAACGGUUCCUUCCGCGACUGGAAGAAUGAAAAGGUGCCCUGGUAG